UUUCACUACUAAUAUUUAACAACUCCUAUUUAUAAGCCUCCAUCGUUAAACCCUAACCUCUGUUGCGUUGCGGCAGUAGCAACCAAAAACUCAUUCCUCCUUCCACAACCGCCUUAUCUUCAAAAUGGUGAAGAAGAGCAAGAAGAGUAAGAGUAAGAGGGUUCCAUUGAGGAAGAAAUACAAAAUCAUAAGGAAGGUGAAGGAGCACAAUAGAAAGAAAACCAAAGAAGCCAAAAAGUUACUGUUGAGUGGUAAGAAGAAGGUUGAGAAGGAUCCUGGUAUUCCAAAUGAUUGGCCUUUCAAGGAACAGGAACUCAAAGCACUUGAAGCGAGAAGGGAACGUGCUGUUCAGGAAUUGGAACAAAAGAAAGCUGAUCGCAAAGAAAGGGCUCGUAAAAGGAAGUUGGGUUUGCCACUUGAUGAUGAUAACUCCAAUUCAGUUGAUAAAGCUUCUGUAGAAAAUAGUAACAAUGUUACCACUGCUGCAAAGACGAAAGUUGAUAGUUCUGAUAAGGCUUUUUACAAGGAUUUGGUAAAGGUUAUUGACGCCUCUGAUGUCAUACUGGAAGUCCUUGAUGCCCGAGAUCCCUUGGGUACCCGUUGUGUUGACAUAGAAAAAAUGGUCAUGAAAUCAGGGCCUGAGAAACAUAUUGUAUUGCUUUUGAAUAAAAUUGAUCUUGUCCCUCGUGAGGCUGUUGAGAAGUGGCUCAAGUAUCUUCGAGAAGAAUUACCUACUGUGGCCUUCAAGUGUAGUACACAACAACAAAAAUCAAACUUAGGGUGGAAAUCUACUAAAAAAGUCAAACCAAGUAAUAUUUUGCAAUUAAGUGAUUGUCUUGGAGCUGAUACUCUGCUCAAAUUAUUGAAGAAUUAUUCAAGAAGUUAUGAGAUCAAGAAGUCAAUCACUGUUGGUUUGGUUGGAUUGCCCAAUGUUGGUAAGAGUAGUCUUAUCAAUAGUUUGAAGAGAUGCCAUGUUGUCAAUGUUGGUGCUACUCCUGGGUUAACUAGGUCUAUGCAAGAGGUUCAUUUGGACAAAAAUGUUAAGUUGCUCGAUUGCCCUGGUGUUGUUAUGCUAAAGUCUCAAGAAAAUAAUGCUUCUAUUGCAUUAAAAAAUUGCAAGAGAAUUGAGAAGUUAGAUGAUCCAAUUAGCCCAGUGAAGGAAAUUCUCAUGCUCUGUCCCGAAAGGCUACUGGUAUCUCUUUACAAGAUUCCAGGUUUUGAUACAGUUGACGAGUUUCUACAGAAUGUGGCUACUGUUAGGGGAAAGCUCAAGAAGGGUGGAAUAGUUGACAUUGACUCUGCUGCAAGAAUCGUUCUUCAUGAUUGGAAUGAAGGUAAAAUUCCAUAUUACACCAUGCCACCAGUUAGGGAUCAAGGAGAACCUUCAGAGGCCAAGAUAGUUUCAGAGUUUUCUAAAGAGUUUAACAUUGAUGAGGUCUACAAUAGUGAAACUUCGUUUAUUGGGACCCUUAAAUCUACUGUCGACUUGGAUCCUGUUGUAGUACCUUCAAGUUGCCCUGUAGUCUUUGAUGAAACAAUGAUAGAGGACGAUGAGCAAAUUAAAUUGCCAGAACAAGAUGAAGGUCCUGGGGACACGGCUAUCAAUGUUGUGGAGGAUGAAUCUAUGGAAUGUGAUAAAGAUGAUGAUGUUAGCAAGGACAAGGUUAAAAGUGCAGCUAGUAAACAAAAUGAAAAGUUGUAUACAGCAGAUGGUAUAUUUAAUCCAAAUCUUCCGAACCCAUGGAUGGUGACUAUGACUUCAAAGUUGAUUACUUCCAAAAGGAAGACACAAUGGAUGCUGAAGAGAGCAAGGGUGAUGAUGACAAUGACAAUGACGGUGAUAAUGAACAAGUCAACUCUGAGGUUCCUAUGUCUGGUAUUCAGGUUGAUAAAUGAUUGGGAUGUGUGCACGCUUAAAAAAUUAGACAUGAUAUAAGGUUGAACUCUUGAACUUAGCAUUCGUUUUCCAAUAUCUUAAAUUAUUGCAUUAAUUGAUACACUUUGUGUGUAUAUAAUUUUGCCGAGACAGGAAUUAAGUUUUGUUAUAGGUCACAUUGAGCAUCUCGCAAUGACAAUUUUUUUUUCGUUGGCUCUAUUUUAA